AUGGACUAUUUACAGUAUUUACAGUUCAACAUUGUACAGCCAUAUGUGCUACGACGCGCCUUCAGCAUGUUCGACUCGAGCAAGCAAGGUCGUAUCGAGAAGGAGAAAGUCAGAACAAUUCUGAACACGAUGGUCCACAGCUAUGACGACAAUGAACUGGAUCAGAUGCUGGACAACGAGGAUGUUGACGGUUCAGGAAAGUUGAACUUUGACUCAUUCGUUCGUGUUGCGACACACUUUUUGGAUGAAGAUGACGAGGCCUUGCAAAAAGAACUCAAGGAGGCUUUUAGACUUUACGACAAAGAAGGUAACGGUUACAUCCCCACGUCCAGCUUAAGAGAAAUCCUUGCAGCCUUAGAUGAUCAGCUGACACCGGACCAACUCAACGAAAUGAUUGCUGAAAUAGAUACAGAUGCUUCUGGAACUGUCGAUUUUGAUGAGUUCAUGGAGAUGAUGACUGGCGACUAAAAAAUUUUGAAGUAAUUUAACGAUUCAAAAAAGUACUUAGCUUCAUUUAAUAUAUUUAAAAUGUACAAUAUUACAAUAUGUAUUUGAAAGAAUAGUGCCAUUUUAUAUCACGAUUGUAUGAAGAUUAAAAGUACACGCAGUAAUAAUUUUUUGAAUGUAAUUUUUAUUUGUAACUCCAAUAAAAACUUCAAUAAUAAUAAACUUCAAUAAUAUUGGUAAGGAGGUGUCCACUAA